AUGUGGGAGAUCGUCACAGCGCUUGUGCCUGGCAGGAUUUUACUAAUAAACAUGAGACCUACAGAAGGCUUCGUACUUCAAUGUCACCGAGAUUAUUACAAGCUGAGCAUCAGGCGAGGAGGACUCGUGGGCAGGACGGCACCGGCAGCUGUACGCUGCUCCGAUGGCGGGUUUGCAGAGCUGCUGCUGGUGCUGCUGGGGCUGAAGGUGCCUGGUGCCCUGGGCUGCCCCACCGACUGUGUGUGCUACCCAUCCCCGAUGACUGUCAGCUGCCAGGCUCACAACUUCGUCACUAUCCCCGAGGGCAUCCCCGAGGACAGCGAGAGGAUCUUCCUUCAGAACAACCAGAUCACCUUGCUGCUGCGGGGCCAUUUCAGCCCCUCCAUGGUCACCCUCUGGAUCUACUCCAACAACAUCACCUUCAUUGACCCCAACACCUUUGAUGGGUUCAUCAACUUGGAAGAGCUGGACCUGGGGGACAACCGCUACUUAAGGGCUUUAGCUGCAGACACUUUCCAAGGGCUGGUGAAACUCCAUGCCUUGUAUCUGUACAAGUGUGGACUGAGCUCCCUCCCCAGUGGGAUAUUCGGUGGCCUCCACAACCUGCAAUACCUUUACCUGCAAGACAACCAUAUUGAGUUCCUUCAGGAUGAUAUUUUUGUUGACUUGGUUAACCUCAGCCAUCUUUUUCUCCAUGGAAACAAGCUCUGGAGCCUCCAUCAGAACACGUUUAGGGGACUAAUAAACCUGGAUCGGCUGCUCAUCCAUCAAAAUCAGCUGCAGUGGAUUCACAGGCGGGCUUUUCACGACCUCCGAAGAUUGACCACCCUUUUCCUGUUCAAUAACAGCCUCUCGGAGCUUCAGGGGGACUGCCUGGCCCACCUGGGAGCCCUGGAGUUUCUAAGGUUGAAUGGGAACCCAUGGAGCUGUGAUUGCAAAGCUCGUUCGCUCUGGGAAUGGCUGCACAGGUUCAGAGGCUCCAGCUCCAGCGUCAUCUGCGAGUCCCCUGAGCAAAUGCACGGCAAGGACCUCAAGGUGCUAAGAGCAGAAGACUUUAGGAACUGUUCGGGGUCCGAGUCACUCCACCAGAUGAAAACACACACUUUCUCCACAGCGGACAGAGGAGCCUCCAAAACCCACCACUCUCACCACUCCUCCAAGGAGAAGGGGAAAGAUAGAGGGGCCGAGAACAGUUUGCACAGCAGUCAGCCUGUGCCCCCUGGCUCCCGGCCAGGCUAUCGCAAACCUGGCAAGAACUGCACCAGCCACAAAAGCCGGAACCGAACCUCUAAACCCAUCCCCUUGGGGCCACGGAAAAACGGGCAGGAGGUUCCAGACUAUGUGCCUGAUUAUCAGCACAAGUUCAGUUUUGGGGUGAUGCCAACACUCUCCCCCAAACGCAAGGGUAAGUGUACCCGGCGGACACCCAUCCGCCCCCCCAGCGGGGUGCAGCAGGCAGCCGGCUGCUCGGGGCUCAGGGCAUCGCUCCUGGUUUUCCUGAUGGUGUUAGCGGCUGUCAUACGCUGA